AUGGACGGACCUUUAGCUAGUGAUACAUGCACCUGGUCACCAGAUACCGAUAGCUUGGAUCGGUCGGUAAAGCGUAUGGAAAUAAGCAGUAAACACGUCAAAGAUGAAUCGCCAAAGGAUAAGUAUAAUAUGGUUUACUUUUUAUUUCUGUUCCUUGGUAUGUGCACCCUGCUACCAUUUAACAUGUUUCUGACUGCCAGUCCAUAUUUCUCAGCCAAACUGAAUGGAACCCGAUGGCAAUAUACCUACCAAAAUUAUUUUUUGGUUGCCUAUAGUGUACCUGCCAUUGUGGCUGCAGCGGUGACUGUUCCGAUGCUUCGAGUGAUUCGCUUAAAGAUUCGCAUGAUAGUUUCUCCAGUCAUCUUGAUGAUAAUAUUUAUUUUCACUGCUGUCAUGGUCAAGGUCGAUACGUCGACAUCUUUGGGUUCAGCUAUCUAUCAAUCUAGCUUAUUCGGGUUAGCCAGUCUCUUCCCCAAGCAAUAUUCACAAUCCGUAGUUAGCGGACAGGCGUUAGCUGGAAUUUUUACAUCAGCAGCAAGUAUACUCUCACUAUUAGGUAAGGAGUAUGAUAAACUAUUUUAUGGAGAGUUUGAUUACGCCAAAAGUAGUGCUAAUGAUCCGUACGAAAGUGCUGUCUUCUAUUUUAUCAGUGCUGUUGUAGCUUUGCUUGUAUGCAUCAUAUCGUAUGCGUUGCUUCGUAGAAUCGAGUACGCUAAAUAUCAUAUGAAGAAAUUAGAAUUUGAUAAAUCAGCUGAAAAAACCGAUGCUGAAGAAGAAUCUCCUUCUGAUAAUGAUGCCAUGGAGAAAACCAGAGUCGCUGAUGAAAAGGACAUAUCUGUUACUGUAAGUAGGUGGGUUCAUGGUGGUCGCUACCUAAUCAUGAUUUGGAAGCAGAUUUGGCCCACUGCAUUAUCUGGCAUACUCUGUUUCACGAUAACAUUGGGGGUAUAUCCGGCAAUAGCGUCUCGGAUUGAACCUGUUGAUAAAGCGUCAAAUAGUACUUUUCUUAAUCGAUUCUUUACGCCGGUUACAUGCUUUCUGACUUUUAAUGUAGCAGAUUUUGUGGGAAGAUUUCUGGCCUUAUGGCUGCUGCAGCCAAACUAUAAACGUGGGAUCACUCUUUUGAUCCUGACCCUUAUGAGAAUUGGAUUUAUUCCCUUAUUCUUACUAAUGAAUGUUCAACCACGAAGUAAUCUACCAGUUUUAAUUCCAAGUGAUAUUGUGUACGUCAUAUCAUUGGCACUGCUGGGUGUAUCCAAUGGCUACAUCAUAUCGUUAUCGAUGAUGUAUGGUCCAAUGAGGGUUGAUGCCAAAUAUGCAGAAUCAACAGGAGCAAUUAUGGCUGCUUGUCUGAUAUUGGGAUUAGGCUUGGGAUCAGCUUUGUCGUUUGCUACUGUUGCACUGUUAUAA